GGGCCGGGCAGGGGCGAGGGGCGCCGGGACCCAAGCUUCCCACGGGAGGAGGAGCCCAACAUGGAGAGAGGGGCAGAGCCCUGGAGCUGGGCACUGGACACCUCUAGUGCCGGGUCCCAUGACUUCCAUCCAGAUCCUGCCCCGGAAGCAGCCAGCACUUCCACACCAGGGAUGCGGCGCUCAGUUCUGGUCAGGAACCCGGGCCACAGAGGUCCAAGGCCUGCUUUUGAGGAGCUUGACUCCGACUCAGAGGACCUGGACCCCAACCCCGAAGAGCUGGAUGCAGUCUGCGAAGACCCAGAGCCUGACCCAGAAGACCUCAACACUGUCUCCGAAGAUGCGGACCCCAGCUACAAAGAUCUGGGGCCCAUCUCUGAGGACCUGGACCCCGACGCCGAAUCUCCGAGCUCCAUCUCAGUUCCCCGGGACUCGGAUCCCCAAGAUCUCCACCCCAUGGCUUCAAGUUUCGACCUCGAUCCAGAUGUCAUUGGCCCUGUCCCCCUGGUUCUUGACCCUAACAGCGACACCCUCAGCCCCACCGAAUCCCCCGACGUGGACCCCCUCGCAUCCAGCCUCACUGCCACUCCCGAGGUCCUGGCCCCCAGCCCCGCGGUGCUCCCUGCACCCGCCAGCCCUCCCCGGCCCUUCUCCUGCCCCGACUGCGGGCGAGCCUUCCGCCGUAGCUCGGGGCUGAGCCAGCACCGCCGUACCCACAGCGGCGAGAAGCCCUACCGCUGCCCCGACUGCGGCAAGUCGUUCAGCCACGGCGCCACGCUGGCCCAGCACCGCGGCAUCCACACAGGCGCGCGGCCCUACCAGUGCGCCGCCUGCGGCAAGGCCUUCGGCUGGCGCUCGACGCUGCUGAAGCACCGCAGCAGCCACAGUGGCGAGAAGCCGCACCACUGCCCGGUGUGCGGCAAGGCGUUCGGGCACGGCUCGCUGCUGGCGCAGCACCUGCGCACGCACGGCGGGCCGCGGCCGCACAAGUGCCCCGUGUGCGCCAAGGGCUUCGGGCAGGGCUCGGCGCUGCUGAAGCACCUGCGCACGCACACCGGCGAGCGGCCGUACCCGUGCCCGCAGUGCGGCAAGGCCUUCGGCCAGAGCUCGGCCCUGUUGCAGCACCAGCGCACGCACACGGCCGAGCGCCCUUACCGCUGUCCCCACUGCGGGAAAGCCUUCGGCCAGAGCUCCAACCUGCAGCACCACCUGCGCAUCCACACCGGCGAGCGGCCCUACGCCUGUCCCCACUGCUCCAAGGCCUUCGGCCAGAGCUCCGCGCUGCUGCAGCACCUGCACGUGCACUCCGGGGAGCGCCCUUACCGCUGCCAGCUCUGCGGCAAGGCCUUUGGCCAAGCGUCCAGCCUCACCAAGCACAAGCGGGUGCACGAGGGCGCCGCCGCCGCCGCCGCCGCCGCUGCUGCAGCCGCCGCCGCCGCCGCGGGCCUUGGCCUCAGUCCUGCCUCCAUGUUGAGGCCAGGGCAGGUCUCCCUCCUGGGUCCUGAUGCUGUCUCUGUUGUUGGCUCUGGCCUGGGCCUCAGCCCUGGCCCCAGCUCUGGCCUGGGCUCUGAACCUAGCUCCGUGCUGGGCUCCCUUCCUGAUCCUGGCCCCAAAGCUCUCUCUGGCUCUGAAUCUACCCCCGCCCCUGAUUCUGUCAAAUCUUCUGACCCUAAGCCUGUACCCAACGCCAAUCCUGACCUCGUGGCCAGCCCUGAGCACGGAUCUGGUCCCAGCUCUAACCAGGAUCCCGCCCCCAGCCCCGAGCCCAACCCUGAAUCUCACCCUGAGCCCUGCUCUCCCACCCACAACACUGUCAGUCCGGCCCUCCCUACUGGCGAGAGUCCCGAGUGGGUGCAGGAGCAAGGAGCUCUGCUGGGGCCGGAUGGCUGAAGUGGAUGCCGACACUCAUGGGGGCCUGGGGAAGUUGUGUGUCAUGCAAUUUAGUAAAAUCCUCCCACUGCCUCUCGGC